AAGUAGUCAUCGAACUCAUUUCGCUCAGCAGUAGUGAAAAUGAAAUUCUUUACUUUGAUCGCUACUCUUUUGGUUCUUCUCUCCACAACGAGUGCUUAUUAUACAUAUUACUACUAUCCAAAUAACAAUAAUAAUGGAUACAACUACAACAAUGGAUACACUACAUACUACUAUUACCCGAACAACAAUAACAAUGGAUACUACUACGAUAAUGGAUACAACAAUAAUGGAUACACCACUUAUUAUUAUACUUAUGGAAAGAAGUGAUUGAUUAAAUAAAUGAUUUUUUAUUA